AUGGCUGACCAUUACAAUCCGAACGCAUAUCCUCCUGCGCCUGCCGGGGGCUACAACAGCUAUCCGCCUCCUCCGCGAGCGCAAGAGGGACAUCAGCCGUACACUGGCCCAGCUUACAGCUCGCCCAACGCAACUCAGGGUUCUUACGGUUACCAACCUCCUAGCGAGGAUCAAUACCGGUACUCGCCGCGCUCUUCUGGCAUGCAGGUUGGCCAGUACACGGGUAAUGAGUACGAGCAUGGCCGCGAGCGCCGCCACUCCGGUCAAUAUGCUGCCAGUCAAUACCGUGGCAGCGAUGCAAGCUAUUACCCUCCUCCACCCCAAUACAAUGACCGCCCCAGUUCCAGAGGCUCGAGAAGAGACCGGGAAAGAUCAAGGGAGAAGGGUGAGAAACAUGACCACAAAACUGCAAAAGACCUAGGUGCGACCCUGAUUGGCGGCGCAGUGGGCACAUGGGCUGGCCGAGAGCUGGGACACCGCAGCGACUUAGUGACCGUUGCUGGGGCUCUUGCGGGAGCCUACGCCGGACACCAGCUGGAAAAGAAACACGAGAAGAGCAAGAAAAAGAAGAAGGAAGGGCGAGAGGGCGAUAGUGUAGGCCAUGGCAACCAUUAUGCAGAUGGCCGCCGACGAAGCCUUUCGCGCAAGCGGUCCGGCAGUCGGAGACGGAGUGUGAGCAGCAGCAGUAGCGGGAGUAGCGACAGCGACAGUGAUGGCCGCCGACGGAGGCAUAGACAUCAUCACCAUUGA